GCUAUGAUCUCAUCAGAGAGCGACGGCCCAUAGGUUUGGUGUCCUCUAUGGUGUUAUUGUAAGGUCGACAUUUCUGUAACUAAUAGGGUUUUCUUAGUUUGUUGAGCUUCAAAAUGUCAGGUUACACCCCCGACGAGAAGCUCCGUAUGGAGCAGCUUACACAGCUGAGAAGGAAGUGGCUAAAGGAUCAGGAGCUGAGCCCCCGUGAGCCCGUCCUGCCCCCUCAAAAACAGGGUCCUGUGGCUAAAUUCUGGUCUGGAUUUCUGCAGCCCAAUACCUUGUGGAGGAUUUAUACUUUCAAAGCCUGCAAUGCUGGGUGGUGGACGUUUACUCGGCUAUUAAUACCUGCUUGGGUGGCGCAUUACUAUGUAAAAUACCAUCUUGCAAAAAGACCAUAUGGUAUUGUAGAAGUGAAACCCAAGCUGUUCCCUGGCGAUACAGUUUUGGAAACUGGGGAGAUAAUUCCAGGCUUACCAGAAGAAGAGAGCCAUGGUCAUCAUUAAACACGGAAGCAUAUCUAAACAAAUAUACUCUGUGUAUUAUGUUGUAAAAAAUAAAAAAUAAACCAUUCUA